UUAGUGUCUUAAUGAAGAUUAACAUAACAAAAUCAGUGUCUUAAUGAAUAUUAACAUAACAACAAAGGAAAUAAAAAGGAAAAAAAUCUGAGAGCAAAAGAAAAAGCAAGAAAAAGAAAAAAAAAAAUCAAAGCUUGCUAAGAAGGAAAGAAGCAAAUCUGAGCAGAGGAGAGAAAAAAAAAAGAAAGAAACACGAUAUAGAGAGGGAGAGGCUAGUUUGUUUAUAGUCUCAAUACUUUUUUUUUUUUUGUAACUUUCUCUCAUUUUCUUGGAGGAGAGAGAAAGCUAGAAACUUUAUUCUAAUCGAUCAUCUCCGAUCUCCACACUCUUUUUUUAUCACUAAAACCACAAAAGACAUUAAAUGUCUUUAGAUCCAACUUAGCUACCAAACAUUCUUGGCAUUGUAAUUAGCAUUUAAAGUUUGUUUGUUUCUUAUAAUUUGAGAUCUUAUUAGCAAUCAACUCUUUCUUUGAAGAUUUUUUUUGACUUUUAAGAGUUUCUGGUUUUUGUCUAGUCUGGUAAAGUCAAGCUGUUUUCAAUGAGCUUAAAAUGGUGAGUUUUUACUGAAAUUGAGGCUUAGUGAAAGGUUACAAGGGUAAUAGAAGUUGAAUUUGAGUAUGAAUUGGUGGGUAUGGGGCGUGGGGUGAAAUUUGAGAAAUUUCAUGGUUUUCGGUACCAUGGGAUCAUUAGGGUUCUUAAAGACUGUGAUUGAAAGGUGAUGAAUUUAUUGAUUUGGUUCUUGUUGGAUAUGGGUAGCUGAGCUUUUUGCAUUUUUUGAAUGGUACAGUUGUUUCAGUUACUGUAAACUGUUUGAGGAUAAUUGCUUUGUUUUUUUGGCUAAAGCUUCAAUCUUUUUUCUUGAAGUGAGAGUAAAUUAGUGGGACUUUGAAUACAAGGCUAGGUUAUCGUGAUUGUAUGCAAAAAAUGGGCAAUUGGGUAUGGAAAAAUGAUCAUCUUAUCUGUGGCUGCAAGGAGAGGUUGAAGUGAUUAUUAUUUUGGAAAGUUUUAGUUGUAGUGGAUAUGCCUCCGUCUCCGGCAUUGCGAUAUUCUCCUGGGAGGGAUCCCAGAGCUGAGAUUCACAAGAGAGGCCGAAGUCUUGAAGGUGGGUUGCUUUUCAAGGAGAAAGAUGAUGAUCUUGCUUUGUUCAAUGAAAUGCAGUCCAGAGAAAGAGAGAAUUUUUUGCUUCAGUCAUCUGACGACUUAGAAGACACAUUUUCAUCAAAGUUGAGACACUUUUCAGAUUUCAAGCUUGGAAUUUCAAUUCCUGUUCGGGGAGAGAGUAGCGAACUGCUUAAUGCAGAUGGGGAGAAGAAUGAUUAUGACUGGUUAUUAACUCCUCCGGACACUCCUCUUUUUCCUUCAUUGGAUGAUGAACCACCACCAGUUAAUGUUGCAUCUAGGGGCAGACCCAGGAGUCAGCCUAUUACUAUAUCAAGAUCAUCCACGAUGGAGAAGAGUUAUAGAAGUAGUAGGGGAAGUGCAAGUCCAAAUCGCUUAAGCCCAUCACCCCGGUCUGGUAAUAGUUCAUUCCAGUCUAGGGGAAGGCCAUCAUCAGCACCUCAUUCUAGCCCAACUCAGACCCAACGGCCUGCUACUCCAUCUCGUAGACCUUCUCCUCCCCCAAGUAAAGUGUCAACACCUGCUCCAAGGUCUUCAACUCCAACUCCAAGCAGGACAAGCACAGGGUCGGGAGGCAGGGGAGUUUCCCCUGUAAGAACAAGUCGUGGGAAUUCUGCAUCACCAAAAAUAAGGGCUUGGCAGUCAAAUAUCCCGGGUUUCUCCUCUGAAGCACCACCUAAUCUUCGCACUUCUCUGGCAGAUCGACCGGCAUCAUACGUAAGGGGUUCCUCACCAGCAUCUAGGAACGGUAGGGAGUCAACUUCAAAAUUUGGCAGGCAAUCAAUGUCGCCAACUGCUACUAGAAGUGUUAGUUCAUCACAGAGUCAGGAUCGAGAUCGAAUUAGCUCACGUAGUAGAGGAUCUGUGGCUUCAUCUGGUGAUGAUGAUGUGGACUCUCUGCAAUCUAUUCAUGUGGGUAGCUUAGAUAAGUUAGCUUCAAAGAAGACUGGCACAUUUAUAAAUAAUAGAGCGGUGGCAUUUUCUAAGAAGUCAACAAGAAUAUUAUCCCCAAGUUCUGCUCCAAAGAGAUCCUUUGACUCUGCUCUUCGUCAAAUGGAUCAUCGGAAGAGCCCUCAGAACAUGUUCAGACCACUCUUAUCUAGUGUGCCCAGUUCUACCUUUUAUGUUGGGCAAGGAGUUUCUGCACACCGUCCUCUCAUAUCUAGGAAUUCUUCAGUUACAACAAGUAGCAAUGCAAGUUCUGAUCAAGGUACCAGUAUUGCACAUGAUACUGAAGGAAGUGAUCACCACCAGGAUGAUACGGUUAUAGAAAGUGGAAAAACAACAUAUUCUGAUGCUCAGGAAGAAGUAUUUGCCUUUGAUAAGGUAGAUGCCUUAAAUAAGGAUGUUGAGCAUGAGACUGAUGAUGGUCCACUUCACUUUCAGAGCGGUGAUUCUGACAGAAAUCCUGCAAUUGAAUAUGAGCCUAAUGACUCCGAAGAAUUCAGCCAUCAGGAGAUUGAUAUGGAAAUCAGUUCUGCUUCUGAGAUUUUAUGUGUCAAAGCUGAUUUUUCAGAAGUUGAUAGUCAUGAGAACGCAAAAAUUUGUUCUAAAUGUGGUAGCAGGUAUUGUGCCAUUGAAAUGGUGGAAAGGGACAUAAACCUAUGUCCAGAUUGCAGUGGACAAGACAAUCUCAUGGCUGUCACCAGUCCAGAGACAACAGUAGUAACUACUGAGAAUUGCUCAAUCUUGUCUCUGAAUAUUUCUGAAGAAUGCAAACCAUUUGAUGAGCCUCCAACCCAGUUGCCCAUGCCUGAGUCCCAAUCAAAAGUUUCUGACGAGGUAGAGGCAAGAAUUACCCAGCAGGAAGACAAUGUUAAGCACGGUCAAACUUCAUACAAGGAGCAAAGUGAUAGUUUCUCCCCUGACAGUUCUCUUGCUAGGUUGCUGGUGGAGGGAGAUGAGCAGAGGAUUGCUAACCAGCAUGGAGCUGGACAGCCAGCUGGUAAUCAUAGACGAUCUGAUAGUGAAUCUGGAGGUCAUCAAUUGAUGCGUUCUAAUGAUUAUCGAAGUCAUAAGAUGGAUGUUUCAGAAGGUGCUGGCAUCUCUGUACUGCUUAAGAGGUCAAGCAGCAGCAAGGGGCCUGUUGUUCAGGCCAGGACUUUUGUUGCCUCUACCAUUACUUAUGAUGAUUUCUCUUACACUAGAGACAGUGCAAACAGUUUGAGAAGCUCCAUUGGACAUGGCAGUACCUCUGCUUCAUCCUCUAUUGAUUUCGGUUCGGCUAGGCAUGUAGAGAAUCGUGUUCAGAGGCAGUUAAGUGGUAGGAAAUCUGAUAUAGAGAACUACAGAUAUGAGAGACCUCAAAGCACCGGGUCAUCUUUUUCUGGAACUUUGAGCCACACUCACCGUGCUUUAGGUCUAGUAACAAGCACCCAUGAAGAGAACAGUGAGGCUUUUGUUGGUGAUAUGAGACAAGACGGAUUAGAAGGAGAGAUUGUAACUUCUUGUGGAAAAUUUGUAGCUUCAGAAAACAAAGAUUUGGGUGCUCCUAAUGAAUCUUUCAGUGAUGCCAUAGUUUAUGAGGAAGGCUCACGUGAACCGAAUGAGAGUUAUAGAUUAACCGAUGCUGCUACCUCAGGUUUCGCAUGCCGCUCAGAUAGCAUUCAUUUAGACGGAAGUUCAGAAGCAUCAUUUCCAAAUUAUGACUACUGUCAUUCACAUGAAAAUGAAGAUGAUUUCCCAAAUAAUGCAGGCAGUGUCUCAGAUGUAGAAGCAUCAGUUAUUUCUCCAGAUCCCAAUAUAGAAUUGGAACAUACCAUGUUGAACACUAGUCAUGAUGGACUAAAUGAUGCUGGGGUUCCCACUCAUAGUUCUUUGGCCUCAAUAUCAGAAAUAGAAACUGAGAAUUUUGGUCAAAGUACCUCUGGCUCAGAGAAUGAUGAUGUCUCUGCAAAUUCAAAGAGCAACUCCGUAAAUGAAUUUCAGGAUAUUUCAGUUCCUACACCUCCAGACAAGGAUGCAUCUGAUUCUGUUCUGGAGCAAGAGAACUCAGAUCACAUACAAGGCAUAUUCGAGGAUUCAACUGUAAUGGUUCAUGGAGGAAGCAAGGCAAGAAGCCUAACCCUUGAAGAAGCAACAGAUACAAUACUUUUCUGUAGCUCCAUUGUCCAUGAUCUGGCCUACCAGGCUGCAACAAUAGCCAUUGAGAAAGAAGAUUCAGGCCCUCUGGAAGUUUCUCGACCAACAGUUACAAUUCUGGGAAAAUCCACCGCCGACAGAAAGGAUUCACGCAGCAGAACUAGUGGGAAACGUACAUCAAAACCUCUGAAAGUCAAACAGAAACGAAUGGAAUUGGAUGUAAAAUCCCCUUCUAGCAAGACCGAGAAUGAUGAAAAUGCCAACGAACCUAUGGUGCGUAACGUUGGCCUUCCCAAUAACAUGGACAGUAGUAAGCCUCCAAAGCUGGAAUCCAAGUGUAAUUGCACAAUAAUGUGAAAGUCUUUCGAUCAAUACCGCACUGACAUUGCUCGCGACAUAACUCUGCUACUCAAUUCACCUCCAGCCAGCCAUAUGGUUAACUGGGUGCUUAUUAUGUUAAUGGUGUUGACUGUGUUUGAGAGGGCUGUUUCUAGAUAAUUGGCGAUUGGUUUCUGUUGGUUCCAAUUUAUUUGUAAGAAACACCACGCAUGUGUUGGUGACAUAAUUGUAAAGUUUUUAUUUGUUAUUAGGUUGAUAUUAGUGAAAAGGCAAUGGAGACUUUGUGUUUGUUGCUGCUCCAGUUGCCACAUUCUUGUUAGGUACUCCCAACCUUUUUGAUUCAAAGUCCUUUGUUAGAGAGAAGUGUGAAUUAAGGAAAAAGAAAAACAAAUCAAAUCAUUCAUAUUCGUUAUAGCUGUUAAAAGCUUCA